UGACAGCAGAGCUCACUUUAGAGUUUACCAACUUUCACAUGAACCAUGCUCAUCCACCUGAGGACAGGCUGUGUCGCCAUGCAGGUGUGUGUGGCACUGCUGAGCCUGUGGUUCACCAUAUCGCCAGCUAGUAGGACGUACCCAAAAACCCUACCAUGUGAUGUUAGUGACACAAGAAAUGGGAGUACUGUGAAAGUGGACUGCACUGAAAGAAGCCUCAAGGAAAUACCGAGGGGCAUCCCAGGAGACACUACCAAUCUGACGCUUACCAUCAACCAUAUUUCUCAUUUAAACUCCACCUCCUUCCAAGGUCUGGAGAACCUUACUGAGAUUGACAUGAGGUGCAACUGUGUGCCCGUCAAAAUUGGCCCCAAGGAUCAUAUAUGUACCAAGGGUGUGGAAAUUACGGAAAAUACCUUUACCAGCUUGAAGAAUCUGCGAGCACUGUAUCUGGACGGCAAUCAGCUCAACAGCAUACCAAAAGGCCUGCCUUCAAAUCUGAUCCUGCUCAGCUUGGAAGUGAAUCACAUUUAUUACAUUUCCAAGGAAAACCUCUCUGAGAUCAGAAAUGUUGAGAUCCUUUACCUCGGUCAAAAUUGCUAUUAUCGUAACCCAUGCAAUGUAUCCUAUGAAAUAGAGGCAGGUGCAUUUUCACAGUUUGACAAUUUGACAUUACUAUCCGUUAAGUCAAAUAACUUAUCCUACAUACCACCCCACUUACCCACAAGUUUGAAAGAGCUGUAUCUCUAUAACAAUAAAAUUUCAGAAGUCACUGAAAAGGAUUUCCAAAACCUAACCAACUUGGAAAUUCUAGAUAUCAGUGGAAACUGUCCCCGUUGUUACAAUGCCCCAUAUCCUUGUAUCCCAUGCCCACACAAUUCAGAGCUUAAAAUCCACAUGGCAGCUUUUAAAAUGUUGACAAAACUGAGGAUACUACGCAUGCACAGUAACUCUUUGAUAGAUGUACACCGUGAAUGGUUUAACAGCUUCAAAGAGCUAAAGGUACUUGAUCUCUCAUCAAAUUUUUUAGCAAACAAGAUAGCAGUCACUAAGUUCCCAAGAGCUCUGCCCAAACUGGAAGAAUUGGACCUUUCAUUUAACUAUGAGCUUCAGAGAUAUCCUACAACACUGAAAUUGAGCUCCUACUUCAACCACCUCAAAUCCCUUAAAAUUCUCAGAAUAAGAGGUUUUGUGUUCCAGCAACUAACCUCACAGAGCAUCCAACCCUUGACCUCCCUACCAAACCUGGAGGUUGUAGACUUGGGUACAAACUUUAUUAAAAUGACCAACCUCAGUAUUCUGAUGGAACUGAAAAGCUUCAAAAUAAUCAAUCUGUCAGACAACAAAAUAUCUUCCCCCUCUGAAGGGCAACAGUUUGUUGGCUUCUCUGGUGAAGAGCCCUUGCGUGGUUCUCCGUUGUCUGGCCUUGAACAGUACCAAGGUAGUGAAGUGAAAGAAAUUCAUUAUUUUAGAUAUGAUGAAUAUGCACGUAGCUGCAAGUACAAAGAUAAAGAAGUUGGAACUGUUAAUUCCUUUGUAAAGAAGCAGUGCAGUAAGUUUGGGAAAACUUUGGAUAUAAGCAGAAAUAACAUAUUUUUCCUUCACUCAAGAUUUUUAAAUCUUGGAGAUCUGAGAUGCCUUAAUCUAUCUGGAAAUGCAAUGAGCCAAAGUCUGAAUGGCUCUGAAUUUAUUCAUCUAACUAAAUUGCAGUAUCUCGACUUCUCAUCAAAUCGUUUGGACAUGCUCUAUUCAUCCGCAUUUCAAGAACUGAGAAAUCUAGUCAUCUUGGACAUAAGUAACAAUAACCAUUAUUUUGAGUCUGAGGGCUUGACUCACAUGCUUAAUUUCACUAGAAAUUUAACAAAUCUUAAGAUAUUGAUGAUGAACCAUAAUAAGAUCUCUACUUCGACUAACACAGAGAUGGAGAGUCUUUCUCUGGAGAGAUUAGAGUUCAGAGAUAACCGCUUAGAUAUGCUGUGGAGAGACGGUGACACCAGAUAUAUUAAUUAUUUCAAAAAAUUAGUUAAUCUGAGUGUCCUAGAUAUUUCUCAAAAUAACCUCAACUUCAUUGAUGAGCCGGUGUUCAGUGGUCUGCCAGACAAACUAUCUGAGCUCUACAUCAGAGACAAUAAACUUAAGUCUUUUGCUUGGGGGAAACUACAAAUUCUACAGUCUUUGCAAGUCUUAGAUCUAAGUGGUAAUAGCCUAACUACAGUUCCACGUGUGCUUUCUAACUGUACAACAUCUAUCAAGAAACUCAUCUUACAUAAAAACCAAAUUGUAAGACUUUCCCCAGAUUUCCUAAAGGAUGCCUACCAUUUAAAAUAUCUAGAUAUUAGUUUCAAUCACAUUCAAUACAUCAAAAAGUCUAGUUUUCCAGAGGAUGUUACUAAUAGAAUGGACAUGCUGCUCUUACACAAAAACAGAUUUAUGUGCACUUGUAAUGCCACUUGGUUUGUCGGAUGGCUCAACAGGACCACAGUUACCAUCCCUAGACUGGCCACAGAAGUGACCUGUUCCGCCCCAGGGGCUCAAAGAGGUCAUGCUGUUAUCUCAGUCGACGUGCUGGCCUGCCAAUACAACUUCCUGUCAAUUGUCCUCUAUACCCUGAUGACUUCCCUAGUCCUCAGCUUCCUCACCCUAUCCAUCUCCAGCCACCUCUUCCUCUGGGACGUCUGGUACAUCUACCAUUUCUGCAUGGCAAAGCUCAAAGGCUACAGACGCCUGUCCUCCCAGAGUGCUGCCUAUGAUGCCUUUGUGGUUUAUGAUAAGAUGGAUCCGGCGGUAUCAGAGUGGGUGAUGAAGGAAUUGUGUGUUCAUCUGGAGAACCACGGAGACCACCGCGUAACGUUGUGUCUGGAAGAACGAGACUGGAUCCCUGGAUCCCCCCUGAUCGAAAACCUCUUGCAGAGCAUCCAACAGAGCAAGAGGACCAUGUUCAUUCUCACCAACAACUACAUAAAAAGUGGCAGCUUCAAGACAGCAUUCUACAUAGCCCACCAGAGGCUAAUGGAUGAAAAAAAUGAUGUCAUUGUCUUGAUCUUCUUAGAGAGAGUGCCUUGCCAUUCAAAGUACCUGAGAUUACGGAAGAGACUGUAUAAGCGAUCUGUGCUGGAGUGGCCAAAAAAUCCUAAGGCCCAGCCAUACUUUUGGUUCAGCCUGAGAAACGUACUGGCAAUAGAGAGUCACAAACAAUAUAGUAAUCUCUUCAAGGAGACACUCUAAAACGACACAUCAAAGACUAAGCUCUGCUGGUGACAGAAUGACAUUUAGUUCUAUCAUUAAU